AUGCCCUCGCAGACCAUCGUCGUCGGACCUCAAACAGAUGCUCACGCCGCCACACUGGCGGCAGCGUUGGAGCGGACAACCCCAGGAGACACAAUUGUGGUGUCUGCCGGCGUCUUUGAGGAGACGGUACAUCUUCUCUUUAACGUCACUCUAGCGGCCGCACCGGUACCGGAGAAUUCAGAGGACACCAGGUCCGUACGCGCCACCAUCAUCGGCACUGUGGUCGUCUGUGCGAACGUGACGCUCGAUGGCCUGGAGGUGCGUGGGAUGGUGGACGUGCGCAAGGGGCACGCCGUCCUCGAAAGGUGCGAUGUCCAUCACGGCUCUGACGGUGUCCGGGUUCACCCUGGCGCCACCGUCACGGUGCACAGCAGUCGCGUACACCACUGCGUCGCCGGUGGUGACGGCGUGUACUUCAUGGCCGGCUCUUUUGGAGAGGUGUCUCAGACAGACAUUUUCGAGUGCCGCGUGAACGCAAUCCACGUUCAGGGCAGCGAGGCCGUGCUGCGGGAGAACCGCAUCCACGACUGCGCCUUCGGCGUGUACUAUGAAAAGAAAGCAGCUGGGCUAUGCGAGCAGAACACGAUUGAGCACGUCCGCAAGUUCGGUCUGUACGUGACGGAUGGCAGCAACCCAGUCAUCCGCGGCAACACCGUGGGCUGGUGUGGGAUUCUGUGCUUCUUCGCGUCGAAGGGCGGCCACAGCUCAUGCAGCGGGAACACGUUUGAGGGCUCUCUUCACGUGCUCGCCGAGUGCCCUGUGCAGCUGACGGGGAAUCAAGUUAGUGGCACCGUAGACAUUGACUCAGGGAUGUCCCCGGUAACAGUUGCAGGAUAG